AUGGGUUCUGAAAAACAGCGAAAAAAAAAGGAUGAAUGGAUGAUUAUAGAAGAAAAUAUAGAUAUGACAAACCCUUUUGUGUUUAAUGAUGAGAAAAGAGAAGAAUUCUAUAAGAAAUUGUUUAUAGAAAGGGAUGAAGAAUACGUGUUAGAUGAUAAAGUUAUUCUUGUCGUUGAUACAAACUUUGUGAUAUCUCAUUUGUCUUUGAUUUCCGAUUUAAGCAAGCAGUGUGAAUCAUAUAAAUACAUUAUUGUAUUUCCAUGGGCUACAAUUCAAGAACUAAAUGGGUUAAAAUCAUCUAGAAAUAUGUAUGUGUCUCAUACGGGUGAGGAUAUAGCAUUUUCUGUGCGAAAAGCAACAGAUUUUAUCUAUAAAUCUUUGUUGCAGAAGGAAAAUUCAAUAAGAGGUCAAAAAAUGACAGAAGUCAUAGAUGCGACGCUUACAGGGGAUGACUCAAUCCUUGAUUGUUGUAGAUAUUGGCAUGAAAAGCGUCUUUUAAAAACUAUUUUGCUAUCAAAUGACAAAAAUCUUUCUAUUAAAGUCAUGAUUCACGGUAUUUAUUCUAUUUCAUAUGAACCUGGAAUGACAUUGGAGCUUCUUUUGGAUGAAAUAUCAAAAAAACUUGAUCAUUAUUUAAAACAUAAAAAUUUUGAUGAAUUACAAAAUAUUGAUAUGGAAAUAGAUGACAUACAGGGAGAUUCAUUUCAAUCUUCUGAGUCUAUAGAUGAUUGUUCAUUUUUAAGGAAUACGAAGCAGAAUUUAGAAUUUAAGGAAGAUCUCAUGUAUGUUGAUUGCAUUCCUUUAAAAGAUACCCCUCUUUCAGAUGAAUGCCGAACUUUUUUAACGGAAUUAUUGCAAGAUAUUACGAUAAUUAUAAUAGAAGCGUCAAAAAUUUUGCUUAAAAAACACAUGGUUAGAGUUCUUGGUAAUGAUUUUUCGGCGGAAUAUUUGUUAAAAGGAUGUGCAUUUCCCCCAAAACGUAUUGAUGAUCUUUUUCAUAUCAUUCAAAAACACUGGAAUACUAUCUUUAAAGAACUAUUUAAAACACAUGCAUAUAAAGAAAGGAUUAUAGAAAUGACAAAAGCAUAUCAACUUUGGUCAAAAUGGGCUUUGUCAGGCAUUGGUAUUGGUCCAUCCCCUAUUCAAUUACUGAAUUGGGUUGAAGAAAUAAUUACAUUUUGGAAAACAUUAGCAACCGUUUCUACAACAGACAUAGUACAAGAUAAAGAGAUGCAAUAUAAAAUAACAUUAUGGCGUCAACAAGUAAAAAAUUUGAAUGAAAAAAUAUUUAAAUCGUAA